AGAAACACACUGUCUGGUCAUGGCUUGUCCAUCCCCCUGGACGUGUGAGGAUGACGAAAGUCUCAAGGGCUGUGAGCUCUACGUGCAAAAGCAUGGCAUCCAGCAGGUGCUCAAAGAGGGUAUCGUGCACCUGUGCAUCGCCAAGCCCGACCGGCCCAUGAGGUUCCUGCGGGAUUACUUUGACAAGUUGGAGAAGGAGGAGAAUAAACAGAUCCUGGCUCGGCAGAAGUCCAGCUCCCAGUCGGACUCACAUGAGGAGGAGGUGGUCUCCCCGAUGCCCCCCAACCCUGUGGUGAAGGCCCGCCGCCGCCGUGGGGGCGUGAGCGCAGAGGUGUACACCGAGGAGGAUGCCGUGUCCUACGUUCGGAAGGUGAUCCCCAAAGACUACAAGACAAUGACGGCCCUGGCCAAGGCCAUCUCCAAGAAUGUCCUCUUCGGCCACCUGGACGACAACGAGAGGAGUGACAUCUUUGAUGCCAUGUUCCCCGUCACUCACAUUGCCGGGGAGGCUGUCAUCCACCAAGGGGAUGAAGGUGACAACUUCUACGUGCUUGACCAGGGCGAGGUGGAUGUGUACGUGAAUGGAGAGUGGGUGACCAGCAUCAGCGAGGGUGGCAGCUUUGGGGAGCUGGCUCUCAUCUACGGCACCCCCAGGGCAGCCACGGUGAAAGCCAAGACGGACCUCAAACUCUGGGGCAUUGACCGCGACAGCUACCGCCGCAUUCUCAUGGGCAGCACUUUGAGGAAGCGCAAGAUGUACGAGGAAUUCCUCAGCAAAGUGUCCAUCCUCGAGUCCCUGGAGAAAUGGGAGCGUUUGACAGUGGCUGACGCCCUGGAACCCGUGCAGUUUGAAGAUGGAGAGAAGAUCGUGGUCCAGGGAGAGCCUGGAGAUGACUUCUACAUCAUCACAGAGGGCACCGCAUCUGUGCUCCAGCGUCGAUCCCCCAACGAGGAAUACGUGGAGGUGGGGCGGCUUGGUCCCUCUGACUACUUUGGCGAGAUUGCGCUGCUGCUGAACCGGCCCCGUGCAGCCACUGUGGUGGCCCGAGGGCCCCUCAAGUGUGUGAAGCUGGACCGGCCGCGCUUCGAGCGUGUGCUGGGGCCCUGCUCCGAGAUCCUCAAGAGGAACAUCCAACGCUACAACAGCUUCAUCUCGCUCACUGUCUGAGC